CAGGAUUCUUGCAAUGUCAAAUAAAGCAAAAACUGUCGUUACUUAACAAGAAUUAAAGCACCCAAUGACAAGCAGAUGUGGUAUAUUGGCAUCCAAAUUCGGUUGAUUAACGUUUGAUUCCAGAGAAAUUAAUAACAAACUAACAGUUAAUCCAAUCGACAACAACAGGAAAUGAGGCAUGGUUACAAAUUUCCCUCGUUUAGAACAUGGUAAUUGAGAUGGAUGGAAUGGAACAGUAUAAGCAAAAACGAAGAUAAAGAUGACAAAAGCAACACUCUCUCUUUCACUCAUUUUCUCUCUUUUUUAUCACCCUCUCUACAACUGAAGGGAGGGGUAGUGGUGACCGGUGAGAACUGAUAAACCAAAAAAAUGGCAUCUCUACAUUUUUCUGCAACCUGUUCUCACUCAACCUUCUUUGGUUUUAACCAUAGAGGAAGGAACUCAAACCUUUUCUUCAUCAAAAAGUCUCGUUUUACUUUCUUGAGGAAAAUUUUUUUCAUCAAAAGUGUUGCUAGCGACCAAAAGCAAGAUCUCCAAGAUGCUGCUCAAGUCACUGAAGACGCUUGUCUAGAUACCUUUGUUCCAGAUUCUGCGUCCAUUGCGUCAAGAAUUAAACACCAUGCUGAGUUCACACCAUCUUUCUCUCCGGACCAUUUUGAGCUCCCCAAGGCAUUCUAUGCAACAGCUGAAAGUGUUCUUGAUUCGCUUAUUAUCAUUUGGAAUGCUACUUAUGACUACUAUGAGAAAAUUAAUGUAAAGCAGGCAUAUUAUCUUUCCAUGGAGUAUCUACAGGGUAGAGCUUUGCUGAAUGCGAUUGGUAAUCUAGAGCUUACAGGAGCUUAUGCAGAAGCUUUGAGGAAGCUGGGGCACAAUUUAGAGGACGUAGCUAGGGAGGAACCAGAUGCUGCACUUGGAAACGGGGGCUUAGGACGUCUAGCUUCCUGCUUUCUGGACUCCCUUGCAACACUAAAUUACCCUGCUUGGGGAUAUGGACUUAGGUACAAGUAUGGACUGUUCAAACAGCAUAUUACAAAAGAUGCUCAGGAGGAAGUUGCAGAAAAUUGGCUUGAGAUGGGAAAUCCAUGGGAAAUUGUGAGAAAUGAUGUGUCCUACCCUUUAAAAUUCUAUGGUGAAGUCACUUCAGGCCCCAAUGGAAUUAAACAAUGGGUUGGAGGUAUAAUGGCUGUUGCUUAUGAUGUCCCAAUACCUGGAUAUAAAACUAAAACUACAAUUAACCUCCGACUAUGGUCUACUAAAGUUGCACCAGAAAUGUUUGAUUUACGUGCUUUCAAUGCUGGAGAUCAUGCCAAAGCAUAUUUAGCAAUGAAGAAUACUGAAAAGAUUUGCUACAUACUAUACCCUGGUGAUAAGUCACUUGAGGGGAAGACUCUUAGACUGAAGCAACAAUAUACAUUAUGCUCAGCUUCUCUCCAAGAUAUUAUUGCACGCUAUGAAAAGAGAUCAGGAGAGACUGUAAAUUGGGAAAAUUUCCCUGACAAGGUUGCAGUUCAGAUGAAUGAUACUCAUCCAACACUUUGCAUUCCAGAGUUGAUACGAAUAUUGAUGGAUGUGAAGGGUUUGAGCUGGGAACAAGCCUGGAAUAUCACACAGAGAACUGUUGCAUACACAAACCACACAAUUCUACCUCAGGCCCUGGAGAAAUGGAGCCUGGAGCUCAUGCAGGAAUUGCUUCCUCGACAUGUUGAGAUCAUCAGAAUGAUUGAUAAGGAGCUGAUCCAAACUAUUAUUAAUGAGUAUGGAACUGAGAACCUGGACCUGUUGCAAGAAAAGCUGAAACAAAUGAGAAUUCCAGAAAACAUUGAGUUGCCUGAGUCAGUGGCUGAAUUGUUUGUUAAAUCAGAAAAAAGUUCUGUUGUUGAUUCAACUGAAGAAGACGAUAUUUCUGAUGAGGAAACUGAACCUACUGAUGAGGAAGACCAACUUGAGGAAGAGGACAUGGAAAAGAAAAAUGAGGUGACAUCAAUUGAGCCAGAUCUAAAACUUCCCAAGUUGGUACGAAUGGCUAACCUAUGCGUUGCUGGUGGGUAUGCAGUAAAUGGUGUUGCUGAGAUUCAUAGUGAAAUAGUGAAAAAUGAAGUCUUCAAUGAAUUCUAUAAGUUGUGGCCUGAGAAAUUUCAAAAUAAAACAAAUGGAGUUACACCAAGAAGAUGGAUUCGCUUUUGCAAUCCAGAUUUGAGCAAAAUCAUUACCAAAUGGACUGGAUCAGAAGACUGGGUUGUAAAUACUGAGAAAUUGAUGAUACUUUGUAAAUUUGCCGAUAAUGAGGAUCUUCAAUCUGAAUGGAGGGAAGCAAAAAGAAAAAACAAGGUUAAGGUUGCAUCUUUCCUCAGAGAAAAAACGGGAUAUAUUGUCAAUCCCGUUGCAAUGUUCGAUGUGCAGGUAAAGCGCAUCCAUGAAUACAAGCGGCAGUUAUUGAACAUUAUGGGAAUAGUUUACCGUUAUAAGAAAAUGAAAGAAAUGAGCCAUGAGGAUAGAAAAGUAUGCUUUGUUCCUCUAUGCAUAUUUGGAGGAAAGGCAUUUGCUACAUACAUCCAAGCCAAGAGGAUAGUAAAGUUCAUCACAGAUGUUGGAGCUACUGUAAACCAUGAUCCUGAAAUAGGAGAUCUUCUAAAGGUUGUGUUUGUUCCUGACUACAAUGAAAGUGUGGCCGAAAUGCUUAUUCCCGGCAGUGAUCUGUCUCAGCAUAUAAGUACGGCUGGAAUGGAGGCUAGUGGAACCAGCAAUAUGAAGUUUGCAAUGAAUGGUUGCAUCCUAAUCGGAACGUUAGAUGGAGCUAAUGUUGAAAUAAGGCAAGAGGUUGGAGAAGAUAAUUUCUUCCUCUUUGGUGCACAGGCUCAUGAAAUAGCUGGACUGAGGAGAGAAAGAGCCGAGGGAAAGUAUGUUCCAGACCCAAGGUUUGAAGAAGUGAAGGUAUAUGUCAGAAGUGGUGUUUUUGGUCUCUACAACUAUGAAGAACUGAUGGGAUCCUUGGAAGGAAAUGAAGGUUAUGGUCGUGCCGAUUAUUUCCUUGUGGGAAAAGAUUUUCCCAGUUACAUUGAGUGCCAAGAGAAGGUUGAUGAGGCAUAUAGAGACCAAAAGAGAUGGAAAAAAAUGUCGAUUUUGAACACAGCUGGCUCAUACAAGUUCAGCAGUGACCGUACUGUUCAUGAAUAUUCUAGGGACAUCUGGAGGAUUGAUCCUGUUGUGCUGCCAUGAUUACUAUUAAUUUGUUCUACACUGGUGAAAGCAGGUUUAGCUCAUAUAUAUCCUCCUUAAUUUCUCCCUUUUGGAUCAUGUGUAGAAUUAAGUACUAUUAUAGCGCCGAUGACCGACAUUAUACCUAAUAAUCAGUUAUAUAGGAUGAAAUGACCACUAUUUAGGAACCAGAGUUGGAAAGCCAGAAAUUGAGAUCUGUCAAGAUAAAUGCAGACAGUCUAUUCCUGUGAUUUUCAGCGAGCAAGAUUCUUAUCAAGGUUCAAUAAUAAAUAUGCCUUGUGAUCUUUGCUAGUACCUUAACUUUUAGCAGCUAAACUAAGUAAAACCCAUGAGUUGUUUAAGCUACAAAUAUUAUCCCAAGAAUAUAUAUUGUUCAAAAUCUGAAGAUCUCGAAGGUCAAAUUCAAGGAAACUUCGAUCUGGCCGGCAGACAAAUAUCAUUGGUACUGUUCUCUGGUACGUGGUUCUGUAUAUAUAAUUUAGCCUACCCUAUUUAUAGAAGGUCUUCAUGCAGUUCGCAGUGUUUGAAAACAAUUGCCACCCCACCCCCUCAUCCCCCUUCAAAAAAUUUGAUGAAAUAACGAAACAAAUAAGUACUAUGGGCAUGGUUUUAGGGCAACAUGACUCCAUUACAGACCCUGAGCUUGUUCUUAGUUAUUUUAGAAGCAAAUAAAUGCUGUGACUCUAUCAAUGUACCUGAUCACUGAGAGCUUUCAGACCCUUGCCAAUUUCCCUUUGCUAAUUAAUGACUUAAUCUCAUGGCACAUCAGCUACAUCUUUAGUCACCAUCAGACGAUGAGAAUACCAUCAUCAACCCAAUUCUUUCCUAAAGGCUCCGCUCAUUAGAUACCAACCAAUCUCCUCAUCCAAACAAUUCAGCAAUUAAAAACAUUUUACUUUAAUUUCAUUUCUCUAUUGAAUAGAUUAAUAUAAAACCACAGACAAUCAAGACUCAGCACUUAGCUGACAUAGAAUAACACCACUUAUACAUAAGGAAAUACUUUGGAAUAACUCCUUUUGAAAAGUUGCUUUGGAGCUCAUCUUCUCAAUGUCAAAUUGAUAUGAAUAAUUAAGUCACCUGCGACCUAGAGUCUCUAGAACUAGAAGCCUUGGCAACGCAACUAACACCAUUUUUUAGCGGAUAAAAAGUGCAGAUUGCUUAGUUCCAAAAUAUUUCCUCUCUCUCCUUUUCACUUAAGUUAAAGUUAGGUAUGACCCCGAAUUCGGUCCGUUUCCACUCCAAAGAAAUUAGGCAUGCAGAACGUAAAGUCAAGGGAGACAUGGUGAUAUAAUGAUUGCAUCUACUUCAGUGAUGGAACUGUUUUUAGGCCUUUCAGAAUCUCAAGUUUGAGAAGAGUUUGACCUUAAACUAGUGCGUGCAAUUUGAGCUCUUGAUUCCACUCAUCAAGCUAUGACUAAUUCUGGUCAAUUUGAGCUUUUUCUUUUUCACAUUUGAUCAUAAAAUUAUAUAUACAUAUAAUUAUGGAUGAAGGAUUAGGUAAUUACACUUUGCAUUUGAAAAAUCAAAAGUGAAACCUCAAGAAUUCUAGAAACGUUUAAUUACCUAAGUUUUCACUACCCAUGGACAAAAUCAAAGAGAAAAACAAGUUCCCUGCAAUUGCAGAAGUGUCAUUGAUGUAGGUGCAACUUGAAAGUGAAAGAAAAUUUCAUUCAUCUAUGGAAUAGAGUCGAUUACCUUUUAUUCAUACAGGCCUCUCAACAUAAAAAAUAUCUUGGUCUUUUUAUUAAUAGAGGGUGUUCAAGCAACACCACCAACGGGAUUGAACCAGUUUAAUCAAGGCUCUUUGCUUGGAAUGCAAGAGACAGUACUAUUCCAUGUAACUGGCAAACAAAACGCCAAUGGGAGCUUAUCCCUUAUCACAAAACGCCACAAAGAUGUUGACAAGUGACCCAUCUUCAUUAAC